AUGUCAGCAUCUCAGAAAGCCUGUUACGUUUGUGGGAAGAUUGGGCACUUGGCCGAAGACUGUGAAUCUGAAAGAUUGUGCUACAACUGUAACCAGCCUGGUCAUGUGCAAUCGGAGUGCACGCUACCAAAGACUGUAGAGCACAAACAAUGCUACAACUGUGGUGAGACCGGUCAUGUCAAGUCGGAGUGUAAUGUUCAAAGAUGUUACAACUGUAAUAUGACUGGUCAUAUUUCUAGGGACUGUGCUGACCCCAGAAAGCCAAGAUUUGGAGGAGCUGCUGCUGCGCCUGCGCCAAGACUUAACAAGGUUUCUUGCUACAGAUGUGGGGGUCCUAACCACAUGGCCAAAGAUUGCUUGCAAUCCGACGCCAAAUGCUAUGCAUGUGGCAGAGUUGGACACAUUUCCAGAGACUGUCCAAAUGGGUCUUCUGAGAAGACUUGUUACAACUGCAACGAGUCAGGCCACAUUUCCAGGGACUGUCCUGUGCAUUAG